AUGAAUCAUCCAGCAAAUUUACAAUCUCUUUCCUCUACCGUUGGAUUGAAAGUCACUGAACUUUCAAAUCUUCUCAAAACAGCCGGUCUUCCAGAGCCCUCAUUUGCAGAGAGGAGCUAUGACGACUUCGCUCAUGAAACAACCUCCUCAGCAGACAAUGCCAUACGCCAGGUUCGAAAUGAUCUGAUAGAUGCAGCAAAAGAUAUAAUACGUUUGGCUAUGGGGCCGAUUGAUCAGAUUUUAUCAUUGGCAUGGUCGGCCUCCGACACCGCUAACAUCAACAUUAUCAAUACCUUUUCCAUUGCUCAAAAGGUCCCAUCUGGCUCAUCUAUCUCUGCAGAGGACCUUUCUGCUGCCACAGGCCUGCCAUUGGAUGAACUCACCCGUGCCGUCCGUUAUGCAAUCACGAACGGCAUUUUCACCGAGAAUACGCCAGGACUUUUCGCACACAGUGCUGCAUCUGCCGCUCUCGCCCGCAACAAGCACCUCAGGGACAUAUGUGAUUUCAACACCGACUUUCUGGCCGCAAUCCAGAUAAAGUUGGCUGAAGCUUUAAAGGCGAGAGCAUCUGGAGCAAGCGACGCUCCCCAUGCUGCAUUCAAUGUGGCCUAUAGAACUGAAGACGAUCUGUUCCAACAUUUCCACAAAGAUGCGGAUUUGAAUGCAAAAUAUCAUGGCUACCUGGCUGGACGAGUAAAUACACCUCUCUGGUCCGUCGAUCGCCUUAUAACAGCGUGGGAUUGGAGUGCGCUAGGAGAUGCCACUGUAGUAGAUUGUGGUGGCUCCUCGGGUCACACCUGUGUCGCACUAGCACCCAUCUGCCCACAGACGAAGUUUAUUGUGCAAGAUAUGUCUGCUGAUGCGAUGGAGCUUGGGCGUGAGAAUGUCGCAUUCCUCUCUUCCUCGGAUUCCUCAAGCCCAUAUCACGAUCUCACUUCCCGGAUCACGUUCGCUACACACAAUUUCUUCACGGAGCAAAAGACGCUCGCAGAUGUGUAUAUUUUUCGACAUAUAUUGCACGACUGGGAUGAUAGAAACAGUGUAAAGAUUAUAAAAUCUCUCGUCCCAGCAUUAGAGAAAAAAUCCGCUCAAAACAAUGGGCGGCAUCCUAGAGUCCUUAUAAGCGAGGGUAUCGUGCCUCCAUCACCAGAGAAGAGAAGAGGAACAGUAACGGAAAAAAUGAUCAGAAUCGAGGAUUCCAUCAUGCUCGCAGCUCACAACGCUCGUGAACGUAACGUUCAAGACUUCAUCGCUAUUUUCCAGACCGCCGAUAGCCGCUUCUCGUUCAUUGGGGAGACUUCUGGGGCCAAAGAAGGAGCUUUCCAAUCCUUGCUCGAGUUCAAGUUUGCUUAG